UCACUGUGUGUUUGUAUGUAUGUGCAGCUGAGUGUAUGUGCCAGUGUGUGUGUGCCUUGUAUGCACAGGCGAACAAAAAGAAACAAUUUUUAAGGGAAAAUGUUGAACUGUCGCACACAGACCAAAAGUAUAUGAGAGAGGGAGAAAGGAGAGCAGCGGAUAAAAAAACACACACGUACGGUUGCGAGUACAAAGCAAACGGCAGUGAAAAAUAUGCGGACGAGAACGAAAAUUUAAUCAGAUUCCAAGGCUGCUGAGCUCUAGAGGCUCUUACAUUUAUUUGGUGGCCUAAAGUCAUUUCCCCCAUUUGUAUCUCGGUGUCUUUGUGUGUAUUACGAUGUGUGUGCUCUCUUUCUUUCGCUUUCGGUCGGUCGGUCGGUCGGUCGGUUGGUCGGACGGUCGCCUUUGUGUGUGCACAACGCAUACACACGCGAGCACAUUUAGCAGCAUGAUCAAAACAUAUGAUUUUAUCCACCAUCGAUUUUGAAAGGAGCCCAAACAAUGAUGAACAUUUCGUUUUGCUGCCACUACUGAUACUACUGCUGCCGUUUAGGCUGGUGUGAAAAUGAAUUGCAACCGUGGAAAUGCGCUCAGGCGGUGUGUGCGUGUUUAUUCAAAUAAAUCGCAUACAAAUUACAUAUUUGCCGACACCAACAUGUGUCGCUUAUGUUAGACAAGUGUUUUUUCUCAUACAACAUUGACCGUUUUUAGCAUGCCAUUCAUACUAUCACGGUCAAACAAAUAGGGUUUCUGUUAAUGAUUGAAUUUAAUAUUUGAACAUUGUUUGUCUCAUUUUUAUUUGGAUCAAAAUUUUCGAAAAAAAAAACAUUCACAAUUUCUUACCGUGUGUCUGUGGACAAUACGGACAAAACGCUAAAAUGCGGAACAAAAUUCAAACUUUGCAGAUGAAUCACAUGUAGAUAAUUCUCUUUUUUUGACGAUAAAAUCAAAUUUAGUACAUACAUCAAACGAGCGUUGACAUUUCGUGCUGUGAACCGUACCUUAUGUACAAAACACUUUUGACAGAUGUUUCGCCUCCAAGCAAAAAUUUUGACAGUGGUUUUCGUUGCGACGAACACAGCGAUAAAUUGCACAGGCACACAAGCGAUAUAAUCCGAAGUUUACAAUAACAAUCUCUAAGCCGAUCUCCGAAACUGCGUUCAGCGAUAGCAUUUUCAAUUGAAUCAUCUGAAGUGUAUUUUCGUUGUGCUUCGAGCCUAGCGAUUAGAUUGAGAAAAGAAGAAGAAGAAAAAGCAACCGUGAUUAAAAUGCCUGUAACUGCAACAAACGAAAAUAUGGAUGUCGAUAGUGACAAUAACAUUGGCGAAGCAUCAACCAGCAAUUCGGCCACAAACACAACACCGUCCACAUCGAAUCUGCCAGCCAGCAGCAGUAGCAGCAACGCCGCCACCACCACCAAACAAUGCACAGAAUCGUCGGGAAACAGCGUGAUGGCCAGUCCGGCGACCGUUCCAUCUGUCACAGUCUCUCUGCAUCCGCUUGUCAUUAUGAACAUAUCCGAACACUGGACACGAAUCCGAGCUCAAAAUGGAAGCCCUCAACAAGUGCUCGGUGCAUUAAUCGGUAAACAAAGCGGUCGCAAUGUUGAGGUUAUGAAUUCUUUUGAACUGAAAUUCAAGUUUGUCAAUCAGGAUAUAAUCAUCGAUCAGGAUUACUAUCGCACAAAAGAAGAACAAUACAAACAAGUGUUCAAAGAUUUGGACUUCCUUGGUUGGUACACCACUGGCAAUCGACCAACCGAACUAGACAUCAAAGUGCACAAGCAAAUUUGCGAAAUCAACGAAUGUCCAAUCAUGUUACAACUUAGCCCACAAUCACGGAACUUCGAUCAACUACCGGUGAAGAUUUUCGAAUCGGUGAUUGAUAUUGUGCAAGGCGAAGCGACGAUGUUGUUUGUCAAUUUGACGUAUACAUUGGCCACUGAAGAGGCCGAACGGAUUGGUGUCGAUCACGUGGUUCGCACAUCAACACAUGAAAAUGGUGGCAAAUCGGCUGUUGCUGAGCACUUGAUUGCGCAGCACAGUGCGAUCAAAAUGUUGCACUCGCGUGUUAAACUGAUUUUGGCAUACAUCAAAGCCAUCGAAGGUGGCACGUUACCAGCCAACAGUGAAAUUCUGCGCGAAGCAUACGCCUUGUCUCAACGCCUGCCGGUCAUCCAAAGUUCGACAUUCAAAGAGGAAUACUAUACGCAAUCGAAUGAUGUCGGUUUGAUCACAUUCCUCGGAACGCUAACCAAAGGCUGUAACGAUAUCAAUCACUUUGUGAACAAGUUCAACGUGCUGUAUGAUCGUCAGGGUCGUGGUCGUAUGCGAGGCUUAUUUUUCUAAGAUGUAAUUAGCUGGAGGAUUCAUAAUUGGCAGAUACUGCAUAGAUUCGCUCAUACAAACAAUCAAGCUUUGCAAUUAAGCGUAUUAUUAAAACAAAAAACAAAGAAACAAAAACAACAAUAGAAAAAACGAAAACAAAUAACAUAACAAAUGAAUUUCUUUACCAAUCCAAUGAUGAAAUAAAAUCCAAAUAAAGAAAACAUGAAGAAGAAUUGUUUAAAAAG